UCUUCCUUUUUCCUCUUCUCGAUUGUUUUUCUCGCCGCUUCGCUCCCACCUGCGCCCGAGCACAAAGGCAGCUGGAGCGCGGGCACGCAGCAGCGGGCGAGCUGGGGGGCCUGGCCGUGUGCCACCGGCGCAGGGGACAUGUGGCGACCUGCCGGUGGCCACGGGUUGCCACUCAAUGGAAACUCACCAUGGGGGUCUUUCCCCCCGGGGAUCGGUGACCACCAGUGUGGAGGAGCCGGUGCUGCUGGCGGAGCUGAAGCCGGGCCGGCCGCAGCGCUACGACUGGAAGUCCAGCUGCGAGACCUGGAGCGUGGCCUUCUCCCCUGACGGCAGCUGGUUCGCCUGGUCGCAGGGACACUGCGUGGUGAAGCUGAUCCCCUGGCCCCUGGAGGAGGCCGAGCUCAACUGCAAAACCUCGGAGCGCAAGAGCCGUGGCAGCAAAGCCGAGGUGAGGAGCCGAGGGGGUGCCAAGGAGAAGACGCUGGAGUGUGGCCAGAUCGUGUGGGGCUUGGCCUUCAGUGCCUGGCCGGUGGCAGAGGCACGGGAGACUGACCCUGCCUGUGCUGUGGGUCUUCCCUGCCUGAUCCUGGCCACUGGGCUCAACGAUGGGCAGAUCAAGGUCUGGGAGGUGCAGUCAGGUCACCUCCUUUUCAGCCUCGUGGGGCACCAGGACGUGGUCAGAGACCUCAGCUUCGCUCCCAAUGGAAGCCUCAUCCUUGUGUCUGCCUCACGGGACAAGACCUUGCGUGUCUGGGACCUGAGCAGAGAUGGGCGGCAGGUCCAGGUGCUGUCAGGCCAUGUUCAGUGGGUCUAUUGCUGCUCCAUCUCCCCAGACUGCAGGAUGCUCUGCUCUGCAGCCGGAGAGAAGUCGGCGCUGCUGUGGAGCAUGCGGUCCUACACCCUCAUCCGGCGGCUGGAGGGCCACCAGAGCAGCGUGGUCUCCUGUGACUUCUCGCCGGACUCGGCGCUCCUUGUCACCGCUUCGUAUGACGCCUGCGUCAUCAUGUGGGACCCCUACACCGGGGAGCAGCUGAGGACGCUGCGCCACGUUCCCCUGCACUCUGCGCCGGAUUACAGCAGCGAGGUCCACACCAGCUCCCUGCGCUCCGUCUGCUUCUCCCCUGAGGGGCUCUACCUGGCCACGGUGGCGGACGACAGGCUGCUGAGGAUCUGGGCGUUGGAGAUGCGGUCUCCGGUUGCGUUUGCUCCCAUGACCAACGGGCUGUGCUGCAUGUACUUCCCGCACGGCGGUUUCAUCGCCACGGGGACCAGAGAUGGCCACGUCCAAUUCUGGACCGCUCCGAGGGUCCUUUCGUCACUAAAGCACUUGUGUCGCAAAGCUCUGCGCACCUUCCUGACAACGUACCAGGUCCUGGCGCUCCCCAUUCCCAGGAAGCUGAAGGAAUUCCUCACUUACCGGACUUUUUAAUGCCGUGGGAAAGGCGGAGGCGCAGAGGCGAGAGCCUUCUGCUCACGGGCACGGCUCGACCUGGGUCAGAGGAGGCACCGCAGCAACAUCUGGCUGAUUUGUGAGCCGCAGGGCAGGAGGAUUGCUAUUCCCCUUGUUUUGGGGCUGUGUCUGUGAAUGUGGAGGGAUUUUUUUGGUGUAAUAAUACUAGAACCCAGCAAAAAUACACGCAGAGGGUGAGGGGGACAGGGUCCCCCUGCUGUCUGCAAGUUUUGGGUCAGGUGCUUUUGCUUCCAGUGCAAUGUUGUGGGGUGAAGGUGAGCAGAGCUUUUGUUAUCCCCCCAAAAAGACCCUCGCUGGGACUGGCUCGUGCUGUAGCUCCGUUCCCAGGGGAGUGUGGGCUCUGCCGCUCUCCUGGGCUGGGCGUGAGCUGGACAAACCUGAGGGGGGCUCUGCAGGUGACAGCGAUGACAGAAUAAAAAAUGGUUCAUCACCUUUA